CGGCAGGCUGACCAGGUCGCCUACGAAGGCGUUCUCGGGUCAUAUGCUGAGUAUGCCGUCGUGCCAGCCCACAAACUCGUGCCGCUCCCGGACGGCGUCAACAUCCACACCGCUGCCGCCGUCCUGCUCCAGGGCAUGACUGCCCACUACCUGACCCGUGACACGUACAAAGCGUCAGCCGGGCGAUACGGCGCUGAUUCACGCCGCGGCGGGCGGCGUGGGGCUCCUGCUCAUACAAUGGUCAAACAGUCCGGCGCCACCGCCAUCGGCACGGUCUCCACGGACGCCAAGGCGGCCCUUGCAAGAGAGGCGGGGGCCGAUGAGGUCAUCCUGUACACCGAGAAAGGAUUUCGAAGUCGAAACCAGGCGCAUUACGGACGGCCGCGGCGUAGACGUUGUCUACGACUCCGUUGGAAAGUCCACUUUCGACAAGAGCCUGGCCUGCCUGCGCCCACGCGGCACGUUAGCGCUAUUCGGACAGGCGAGCGGGGCGGUCGGGCCUCUCGACCUGCAACGAUUGAACUCCGGCGGGUCGUUAUUCGUGACCCGCCCGUCCCUCGUACACCACACGCUGACGCGCGAGGAAUUGCUGGGACGCUCGAAAGACGUGUUCGACAUGGUGGGGUCCGGCAUGCUGAACGUUGCGAAUAG